GGCAUACCUCCCCCGUGUGCCGAACCGGGAGGACGUGUCGAGUCGCGAGACGAAAGCGAGUAGUGUUACUGUGAGAGUGUUAGCGUGACAUAACUGGCUGGAAUUCAAAUACGGAAUGACAGAACGCUCAAUUUGAAAAUAGAAACGCGCGCGUAAAUCUGACAGUGACAUUUAAAAGUCAAAAAAAAGUUCUUAAGUUAAUUUGGAGCUGAUUAUUUAAAGUAAAAGUAGUAUUUUUUGUCAAAAUGCUUCGUUAUUGGUUGUGUUUCGCGAGUGCAGUGUGUUUGGCGGGUCACUGUGGCGCCAAUUACUGUAGGGACGCCAAUCUCUGCUGUCCUGGACGGGAUAGUUCCUGUGUCAUACAGAAGGCGCAUCAGAACGCGAUUAUAGAAGACUUGACGGACAAGCCGUGCUACUGUGACCAUGCUUGCUUGAAGCUGGGAGACUGCUGUCCGGACUUCCGAGAGACUUGUGGAGUAAUAGACUGCGUGGUCUCCGGCUGGGGUCCGUGGUCGGAGUGCGACACGACGUGUGGCUCCGGCAGCAUGGUGCGCAGCCGUCGUGUCGCGCAGGCGCCCGCGCAUGGCGGGAAGCACUGCCCCUCGUUAGUGCAGAGACGAGCCUGUCAGGAACAUAGAGGGUGUUCGGCUGACAGUGAUGUUCCGUUACGAGAUGAGACAGCCAUGCUCCUCCCGGGUGGUCUCUCAGUGAGUCGCCACUCCAACGACACGGUGGACAUUCGCAAGAACCUGCGACUGCGCAACCCUGACGACCCCGAGUCCAACUCGCAUAGAGAAUACUGUGCCCAGUUCGAGGUCACCAAGGUGUCGAAGGCUUGCCACACGGAUUCCGACUAUAAGGCCUUGAGAGAAGGUGCGACGGUCUGCGUUCUUUGCGAAACUGCAGCUUUGCGACGGGACUUAAAAUGGCGGUGCAGUGGUCACGGUGUACCCGGGCAUGCGACCCGGUUCUAUGCCCUCGUGGCUCCUCAUUGUCACGGCAAAUGGGUGAAAGCGGCACAGAACCCGGAUAAGAGGAGCGACUGCUGCGUGAACCCUAAUUUUAUUUUUGUUUAGGUAAGUAUUGUUUAUUUGCUGAUGUAAGGAAUAAGAGCGCUUUCGCCCUACUGUUUAAGAAGCCCGCGAGACUAAAUAACUGGGAACUAAGUACCUACAGAACUUUUGAAAAACUAAGCAUGAAAGCUCUAGUGUAAAAGCGCUCUAAACUAAACUGAUUUUGAAUUUUGCAAGUUAAAGAGUGUUGAUAAUAUGAGUUGAUCUGAUAACCAAUGGAAAGAAUUAAUACUUAAGUUUAAGCAUGUAUUUCUCUUUUAAAGAACUUUUUAAGAAAUAAAUAUAAUCAUACACAAUAUAUACUAACAACAAUAGGUACGUACACAAUGUUAGCUGGUCAACUAUACUCUACAAUUAAAAUCCAAUUUUACGUUUUUCACGGCAUUCAAUUCGUAUAUUUUUUUAAAACAAAUCAACACUCCAUUGGUUAGCAGAUUGUUCGUAAAUCUUUUUUAUAGCUCGAAUUUGUUUUUUUUUGUUUUUUUUUUUCGGAUUAAGUUUGUAUGAUUGUUUUUAAAAAAUAGCGCUGUUUAAUACUGUUUUAUCAAUAAGUGGAACAACCUCGAAUAAUAAUGUAUUGAAUUGCAUUUAUUAAUUUUAAGUAAUAUGACAGAUGUUAAGAGUAUCCGUACACUGCAAACUUUUAGUCGGCCGAUAGGUUGUUUAAGCUCUUAAAUAAGUAAGAAGAUGAAUGGUAGUACGCACAUUACAAAGAUCAGGUAUUUAGCCGGUAUCAGACCGAUUGAAAACUUUGAUUGGAAUCAAGAUAUUCAUUAAAAAAAAAUUGCCAACCAUAGUGUCAACUAUCGGCCGACUUUUUAGUUUGCAUUGUGCGGGUAUUCUAAUGGAAACAAACACAAUCGCAUUUAAUAAGACUUGUAAGCUCAAUAAUAUGUAAAUAAAAUAACUUCUAGGUUCUAGUACAUUACUUUUUGAACUUCUGUCCCAAAGUUACCCCGCCUUUACACUUAUAAGUCGCUUCCGUAAAAAUUACGUAAGUAACUUCCGAAGAUAAGUUGUAAGAAAUUCUAAGAAAUUACUGUAAACGGCUUACAAAGGAGUUUUACAUUUGUAAAUGUAUCGUAAGUUAAUUACAUAAGCUACUUAUGUGAGUAUAAGUUACAAGUGAAAAGGCGGGGUGACGAAAGUCCCGGGUUCGUCUAUGUUCGAUAAUGCUUGAACCGAAACGUAUAAUUUUUUAAUUUGCGUUUUUGCAAUUUUAUUCAAGCAAGUUUUUUUUUUGAAGUUCAUGAUAUUUAAGAGUUAGUCUCCAAUGAUUUUAUAACUUCUAGUAGGUAAUAACUAAUAGUUUUGAUAAUAAUACUACUUAAUAAAUAAAAAUAGUUUGUGAAUACAUAUCUUAACGACUUAUGUACAUAAUAAUGUUAAAUAAACUCAUUAUGAAGUGA